GUACUGAGCACUUGACAUGGAUCUAUAUAAGGAGGCAGAGGAAAGUGCCAACUCACCUCAUCGUCCUGAGGACUUAGGAGCAGAGAAAAUGCUAGCAUUCCUCAUUUACAUCGUGGCAGUGCAUCAGGUGCACUCAGCAUGUGUUUUGCCAGGCGUUUGCCCACAAAAUGCAAUGGUUCAGGCUGAGAUCGUAGACGUGCACAAUGCGUUCAGGAGAGCGGUUCAGCCUUCGGCGUCUGACAUGCUGAUAAUGAGCUAUAGUGAGGAGGUAGCAGCCAGUGCUCAGGCUUGGGUUGAUCAGUGUAUUCUGGAUCAUGGAGCACCCAGCACCCGCCUGCUCAAUGGAUAUCACUUGGGCGAGAAUCUGUUCUAUUCAUCUUCUCUUAAGUCGUGGACUGAUGUCAUCAAUGCGUGGCAUAGUGAGGUAGAACACUACAAUUACCCCACUGGAUCCACCAAUGGAAAAUCUAUUGGUCACUAUACACAGGUCAUAUGGAACAGCUCAUACAAAGUUGGCUGUGGAGCAACGCUGUGCCCUAACAACAUCUAUUACUAUGGCUGCCAUUAUUAUCGCGCAGGAAACUUCAGGCGAUGGGCGCCUUACACACCGGGAUCUCCAUGUGGCUCCUGUCCUAACAACUGUGUGGACAAACUCUGCAACAACCCCUGUCCAUAUAUAGACCAUUACAUCAACUGUCCAAUCUUGAAAAACACCACUGGAUGCAGUAAUGAGCUGGUGAAGGCUUGGUGCCCUGCUUCAUGCACAUGCACCACCGAGAUCAUUCCAAUAGGCUAAAGGCUAAACUGUUGAGUCUGCAAACUGAGCUUCAGCCCAGUACUGUUCACAUGUUCUUUGUUGGCUCUCUGUCUGUAACAUGAGAUAAGAUACCAAUGACAUAUGAAAGAGAACAUGGAAAAUAA